CCGCAGCUGGAGUGCUAGAGAGUGAGUGAAUGCUGGGCUCGCUUGACACAAAUGUGAAGUAGGGUUUUGCUGCAGCUAGAGGGCUGCGCUGAUGCACAUCUCCAGUGUGUGUCUGGCUAUGCUGAUGCACAUUGCCAGUGCUGUCUCCGGCUGCGCUGAGGAGUGGUCCCCAGUGCUCUACCUGGUGUUGUCUCUGACUGAGGCUUCCAAGCAAAGCAGCUCAAGACUCCAUCCUAAAAGGAAGAGGCUGGAGUCAUUCCAGGCGAAAGGCUCUUCCUAAGCAACAUCAUGCACGGAUCAGGUUUACUUCAGCUACCUUCUCUCCCACUUAGGGGCUGAGACACUCUUCAUCACUCAGGGUUCCCCUUCUCUUAGCACCUCCAGGCCCCUUUCAGCAGAAUGGAAAGUCUGAGUGAGCUUCAGAACCCUCUGCUGGCCAAGAGCAGCAGGCACCUUCAUGGUAGCUACUCCUACCAUCAGCACCACCCCAGCCAUUGCUGCCAGGGGAAACUUUACAUCUUUCAAAACACUGGCAGUGCCAGGACUCACCAGCUGCUGGAUGCCAGUUCUCUGCAGCUGGCUGUUGAAGCACUGUAUGGCUCCAACUUCAUCCUAGUGAAGGAUGAGAGCAAUCUGAAAGCCAAGGACAACAAGGGGGAGAGCUGUGAGACGACCUUCAUGGAAAACAAAGAGGUCUCCUCGGAGGCUGAAGAUGGACAAGAAGCACAAGGGCCAUGCCUGGUGGAGAGUGAUGUCAGAAUCCAAACAGUGUCCUAUGAGGUGGAAGAGGAGGAAUUCCAGGAGUAUGAGAGUGAUUCUUCGAGUGACAGUGAGAGUGAAGAUCAUUUCCUAAUGCUUCCCCCACGAGACCACCUGGGCCUGGCCAUUUUUUCAAUGCUCUGCUGCUUCUGGCCCUUGGGGAUCGCUGCCUUCUACUUCUCCCAUGGGACCAGUAAGGCUGUCUCCAAGGGGGACUUCCACGUGGCAAGUUCAGCCUCCCGGCGAGCCCUCUUCCUCGCUGCACUCUCCAUCACCAUUGGCACAGGGGUGUAUGUUGGUGUGAUUGUAGCACUGGUCGCUUAUCUAUCCAAAAAUGGUCAUGUAUAGCAGAGACCUUCACGCCAAAGCUUAGCACUCUGCACACAAAGGCCAAUGCUAGUGGGAUUCAUGCUUGUAUGGAGCACAGGACACACAGCUUGCAAGGGCUACUGAGCAGCUCCAUCACUGG